UUGUUUUUUCUCUCUCUCUGUCCUGUAAGUGAAUGUGUCCACGGCGUUCGUGGCAGUGGCAGGAUGCACUCUGCUAAUUGGCAUGCUUUUCUGUCCCGCCACAAUAGAGGGGCCCCUAGCAUGGUGAGGCGGAUAACAACAACCACCCCCACUACCCCCAAAAAGCCUGUCCCUGACUCUGUGUGCCACCAGUGCUCGGGCCCACGCCACGCCACGCCACGCCGCGACCUGUUCCUGCUACACGGGCGCAUGGCUGGAGCAGCGAGCCGGAGAGAGGUGUGUUGCUGCGUUAACCAUCCUGUAACCUCUCACACGCGCGUCAGAAAGCAUAUAGGAUGCAGUACGGCGCACGAUGAAGGGGGCUAUAUCCACCCGCAGAUGCUGGUUCCCACGCAGCUCCUCACGCACAAUGCCCGGCUGACGCACAGAGGUGCUGGUCUGACAGUGACCCUAACCGACGUAAACAAGUGCAUCAGCGUGCGCGUGAGCGGCUACGCCCCUCGCCCAAUGCAGCUGGUUUGGACAAAUGUUACAAUACUUGAGGUCCGGUUCUUUUGACGCGGAUUUUUUUUUAAGUCACUGGCUGUUUAUAUAUAUAUAAAUAUAAAUAUAUGAAACUGAAUAUUUAUUUUUGUGAAUUUUUUUACGAGGGGGGGAUUUUCUUGUAUAUUGAUUCUUUGUUGUGAACACAGAACAACUGCACUCGAAAUGGAAACUUGAACUGUGGUUUUCUGAAGCACUUUCCCUUUCUAUUCUUUUUUUUUUUUGGUUUUGUUUUGUUUGUUGAAUUAUGGAACCUGCAUUAAACGGGACUGAGUGUG